AUGGACGGAGGGAGGUUAGCAGAUGAUCAAGCGGAUACUAGGGAGAUGAUACGAUUGAUGCAGCAGAGAAUGGACGAGAUGCAGAGGAACUAUGAAGCGCAGAUGCAGAUUUUACGUGAGGAGAAUGCCAUCUUAAGCCAGAAGGAGGACGGAAUCCCUUCGACCCCGACCAUACCCGACCCGAACAGGCUAAGUCGAGUACAACAGCAUCGAGAUGCUGAGUGGGUGGAGAGCCGUCUUCCACCUACGGGACAUGAACAAUCACAGCCAGCUCGGGUUGAUAGGACGCAGGCCUUAAGAGGAAACCCGUCACACACGGUGGCGGAGAGUUCAGGAGCGAACAACGGGGGUCGCCCGUCACGACAGCCGAUCCCCGCGUCGGGGUCCUCCCCCUUCACCUCGUACAUCUUAGAAACGCCGCUACCGGAGAAAUGGAAAAUGCCGACGUUUGACAAGUACGACGGCACGACCGAUCCAGACAACCACAUGCGGGUCUUCAUGCACCAGAUGAUGUUUCAUGCUGUCAGCGAUCCCAUCUGGUGCCGAGUCUUCUCAACCUCACUCACUGGGGAGGCGCUGGAGUGGUUCUCUGAGCUACCGACCGGUUGUAUCGACUCAUUUGCUACUCUGAAGGCGAGGUUCAGCACACAGUUCGCGCCCCUGAAACCGGCCAUUUUGACGGUCGACAAUCUGGUGAACAUCCGACAGGAGGAUGGGGAAUCACUGAGGAGUUACCUUGAUCGGUAUAACCGAAUGUCGGUCAAGAUAAAAGGUCUCAGUGACGAGAUCGCGCGGCAUCACUUCUCUUACGGACUCCAGCCAGGAGUUUUUGCGGACAAGAUAAGCCGUAAGAAGCCGCAAACGAUGGAAGAAAUGAGGGAACGCGCAGCCAAAUUCAUACAAAUGGAAGACAUGCAGGAGUUCAGGGUGAAGAAGAGGGAGAAAGAGGAUGCUGCACUCCCAAAGCCGAUAGCUCCCAGAUCGAGCAAACCGGUAGCCCGACCUACCGAGAGGAAGCCACCGAAGUUCACAACCUACACCCCCCUGGCUGUUCCCCGAGCUAGGAUCCUGCAGGAGGCCUUCAGCGCCGAUUCGCUCCCAACGAUUAGGAAGAAGCCUCCGCCGCCCGAUGCAGACGGGAGCAAGCAUUGCCAGUACCAUCGGACUAUCGGGCAUACUACCGAAGAAUGCCACACGCUCCGCGACAAGAUAGAAGAGCUCAUUCGACAAGGACACUUGAAGAAAUACAUUCGGCAAGAUCGUCCCCAGCGGAGUCCGGUGAGGAACCAGAGCCCGAGGAGAAGAGUCCCCCUAACCCGAUCGGAGAAGAAAAGGGAACCCGAGCGCGAGAAGCGUAGGAGAGGACCGUCUCGGUCACAACGGAGUCCGAGAAGGAGCCGCAGUCGUAGCCAGGAAAGACCCCUGAGGGGUUAUAUCAACACCAUCUCCGGGGGGUUCGCCGGAGGAGGGUCAAGCUCCGCAGCCCGAAAGAGGCACGUUCGGGCGCUGAAGUCGGUCCAUCUGGUCGAGAAGAAGAUCCGAUCGAUGCCUCCCAUCACAUUCACAAACGACGACUUCAAGGCGCCCGAUCCUGAUCAUGACGACCCGAUGGUCAUCUCGAUAGAAGUGGCUGAAUAUGGGAUCGGGAAGGUGUUGGUCGACCAGGGAAGCUCUGUCAACAUCCUAUACUGGAAAACUUUCCAAAGGAUGAACCUUUCCGAGGACCUGAUCGUGCCGUACAACGAGCAGAUAGUAGGUUUCUCGGGCGAACGGGUGGACACGAGGGGAUACGUAGAUCUUCGCACGAGGAUCGGCUCGAGGAAGGAUGGCUGA